UUUAACUUCCUUGUUGGCAUAAUAUGCAAGCUGCAGUGCCUUAACAGAAUGGCGAUUUCGGCGCCUCGAGUUUUGAUCUGUUUAGGGUCUUUACUUGUCCUUUUUGCCCUCUUAGAGACGACAGAAGCUUGGACUGGGAGGGUAUGCAGCAGAGCAGUCAAAGUCUACCGCUACCGAAGGUAUUGCUACUACCGGACAUGGUAUGGGUGCUGUGGUUACAGAUACAGACGCUAUACCGCCUACACAACUCAAUACUUUUGUUGUACGGGAUAUGAGGAAACUAGUCCCGGCAAUCAAAAUUGCAACAAGCCCGUGUGCAGGCCUGACUGUUACUAUGGAGGUACAUGUAUAGCACCAAACCGUUGCAGUUGUCUAGAUGGCAGAACCGGACGAUUGUGUGAAGAUAAGCAAUGUUCAUCACAUCUUGAUCCUUGUUUUCCGGGUUGGUGCAUCGGAAAUACCUGCCAAUGCUCCAAUGCGUUUGGCGGAAGUGGCUGUAAAGAAUUGAUAUCAUUGGAUUACAAACCCAUCAUCGACAGUUGCCAAACAUCCUUCUCAUUCUUUGACCGGGUAAAAGAAAUGCAAAUUUACGAGUAUACAGUAGACGCAACAGGAUCUAAUCAAACGGAAAUAAUAUGGAGCAAUCAAAACAAUUACAAUAUAUUAAACAUGACCUUUAGUGCGUCCUUGGAUUGGGAGUCACUCAGUGAAACACUUCCCAUGAAACCAGAUUACAUCGGCGACCUCGUGAUUGGAGUUGUUAGCGCUAUGGUGGACACAGAGUAUUCCAGAUUACCGUUACAAGGGACGACCAAGAGAGAAAAUGUACUUGAACAGAGAAAGACAUACAGCUGUCAGGGCUUAUCAGCGUCAAAUCCCGUAACAAACACUGAGCUCAACUGUCGAUUGAGAGAAGACAGUUUUCAGCUUCGAAUAGAUUCUGGAGACUGGUUUACCUUCACGUUUUCUGCUAAGACAGGUGGUUACAGAAAUCUGAUAGAUACAAAUACCGGCCAACCUCAUAAAACGGAAAUUUACACCGGAAGUAUCCAAACAGUCAAGGUGAUGCAGUUCCAAUUUGAUUUUGAAGACCCUGUGCACUGCAACAGCUCCUGCCCAUCACAGCCAGAUUUGGAAGUGGAAAAAGACAUAACCAAGUCACCUAUUAUCGCUCGUUGGUCUGGCUGGUCAGACGCCUUCAGCGGGGUCGCUGAUUAUACAUUGGAAGUAUUCAAGCUGCAGCCCAAUCGACAUUCCAAAAUUCUAGAAGAGCCUGAUCCCCUUGGACCUGUUGUUAUGUAUCGAAUGAACCACACCAACUCAUCUAACGUUUUCACCAAAACACAUACCCCUUCUGAACCCGGAAUGUACAGUCUGAUUUUGGAGACAAGAGAUGUAGCUAACAACUCUAUCUACGUCAGAAGAUUCGUUCUGUAUGAUCCGGUGUCAGCAAUCUCGGUCAGCAAUAAUCAUAGAUUGUUUGUAUCUUCUGCUGAAGCAGACACUGGGCAUAACUGGCAGUCCUGGUAUGGGAACGCUACUGGCGGUCGAACAUAUAUAGACAUUACUUGGAAGGAUUACUUUUUAAACAAACUUCACGAAGAUAACUACUUCCUCAACUCUAUCAGUCCCUAUCCUGAUCAACUGGAUGAUGGAGGAAGACGUGGGGAAGGAUACAAGAAGAUAUUACCACAGUUUGAGGAUAACGAAGGAGAAAGACAGACGGCGAAGAUCCCCAACGCCCGGGGUAUCGUACGCUUCGACACUGUGACUAACUAUGCUAAUGAUGGUGGAUCUUCACUGGCAAAUCCUCCUAGUAGCUGGCGUACACUGGAUGGUAUUAAAGAUGGCGAUACAGAAUAUUUUGAUCGAGGCGCUAUUGGGGACGGAAGUACGGCAAAAGUAUGGGUUCGAGCUUACGACGCUAUGGGAAACACCAAAAUAGAAUCGACACUUGUUCAUUUUGACAUGUCUCAGCCAGAUGUCCUUACUGAACCCUCAAUACAAACCAACAUAGAAAAUGGAACUUUCCCGUUUUCCAGCCGCAUCAAUGUUGCAUGCGAGGACGAACACAGUGGAGUGUACAAAAUACACUGGAGAUUAAGGAUGGCAAACAACAGAUCAUUUGUGAAGAUGGAAGGGGACGCAAUAAACCCAGUGCAAGGUGACGACUGUAAUAGAGAAUGUUACAGGACCAACAUUGGAGAGAGGUAUAACUAUAGCAUAGAAUUUGACAUAAACCACUGCUGGAUGAGGGUUCCGAAAGAAAAUCUCGAAACCCAAGUGAUGGAACUCGAGAUGGAAAUACUUAACUCUGCAAUGCUCUCCCGAAUAAGGGUCUUGACUAUCAGCAGCAUCAGAAGUUACAGUGGUAUCGAAGACUAUUUCGGGCCAAUGCAUAUCAGGAUGACCCGACAGUCCGAGACUGGUGUCAGUUUAUCAUGGGACCACGCCCCUUCGUGUUAUGCACGCGAUACAAUUUUAGUUGUGGUGGUGAUGCCAGACAAUAGCACCAAGACCUUGAGAGCGGACAAGGACGCUGACCGGUUUGACAUCACUGGACUUGUGGCAGCCACCAGGUAUCCAAUACAACUAUACACUGUCUAUAUCAUCGAUGACGAACAGGGGGAGACAAUCGAUAGCCGAGUGUCCAACUACGUUAUUGAGACAGCGAAACCACCAAAAAGCUCUGGUUUAUCUGGCGGUGCAAUUGCUGGUAUUGUCAUUGUGAUUCUCCUUCUCAUUGUUAUUGCCAUCGGUGUUGUAUUACUGUGGAGAACUGGAAAGCUGACAGUAUUGUUAGAACGGAUAAGAUCCAGAAGGGACGGGGAGGAAGCUCCGUCUAACGGAUUCAGUCGCACUGAGAUGAGAGAAAAUGGACACAAAAUCAGAGGAGUUGAGAACAAGACAUAUUCACGGAGCUUCAACGACGACAUGAUUUACUAUGGGGAAGUAGAUCUCGCGUCCAAGCCAUGGGCACUGUCGCGGAAGGAUCUCUCAUUAGAACAAGAAAUCAAGUCCGGUCGUUUUGCCACUAUAUAUAGGGCAAAAAUGUUUUCCAGGCAACACUCUGACGCUGAUACGGUCGUAAUUAAGGCACUGAAAAACAAUUACUCCGAAAUGGAUCUGACUUUGAUGAAGGCCAAGAUAAAUUUCUACGGGUCCGAAGUUGGUAACCAUCCGAACAUCCUCAAGUUUAUCGGGGCAGUAGAUGACAUUCCAAUGGGUCCAUUUAUGGUCCUGGAAUACUGUGAAAAUGGAACCAUGAAGGACUAUCUAACAAGUAAAAAAGACCAUGUGGAUGAGCAAGUGCAUGAACGACUCUUCAAAUUCGCCUUCGACGUGUGCAAAGGCAUGGAAUUCCUGGCGAGCAAAAAGAUCGUGCAUCGAAGAUUAGCUGCAAGAAACAUCCUCCUCACGUUCCUCUACGAAGUUAAAAUUUCCGGUUUCGGCCCGGUGCCUAACGAGGAAAAGGACAGCGAAAAGGGGGAGAAGAUCCCAGUGAAGUGGCUACCGCCAGAGUGUAUCGAGACCAGGACAACACUUGACGCCACAGAGAAGACCGACGUAUGGUCUUUUGGCAUUGUGCUGUGGGAGAUCUUUACCAUUGGCGAAACCCCCUUCGCAGACGUGCGGUCUGCAAACUUACUGCCACAUCUUAAGAAAGGAGAAAGGCCACCAGCACCUGAAUACGCCGAUCAAAAGAUGUAUGGUACGAUGAAAAAGUGCUGGCAUGAAACUCCAAAGAAGAGACCGUCCUUCGCUAAAAUACGAGCGGAACUUGAGACAUUGUUCGUAAGCAAAGGCAGUGACGAGUUUUACUACGACAGCAAGUUCAUCUACGACAAUAACAACUAGAUUGAACUUGUACUUGACAUCACAUUGGAUUCUGUAAAACUGAGGGCGACAUUUGCUCACUUUGAUACUAUUAGACAAACAUUCAUUCACUGGCAAUUUUAAAUGAAUAUAAUUUAACAUACCGAAAAGACAUACCAUGUGUUAACUAAUGGUUAACCUGAAAGACUUUGUAAAUAUGAGGACAUUUAACCACUUUGUUAUCAAUGAUUUAAAAAAAAUCACUCAGAGGAAACUUUAAACAAAUACAAUUUAACGGGCCGAAAGGACUUACCAUGUGUUAACGAAUAGCCAGUCUGGAUGACUUUGUAAAUAUGAGGACGACAUGCACUCACUUUCCUCGUUACUAUUGGACAUCUAAACAAAAAAAUCUGGUAAUAUGUGUUGCAUAUCAUUUAACACGCCAUGAAUGUACAUUUCCAUGUAUUAACUGAUAUCUAAUGUUUCUGAUUCCAAAAGUGAUGGGUUACAAUGUUACAAAAUAGCUUAAUCAGACGUUUAUUAAGCGAAAUAUAAAUUCUAAAACAUAUGUUACAUGUUCUUCAAAUACAAUUUUUUAUGUAUUUUAUUUGCACAUAUACAAGUAACAAGUGCUUCCAACUAGUUUCACUGUCAUGUAUACGCCAUUGCAAAAUGUAUGAGAAAUGACAACACUAACCGUUUAUCAGAAUGUGAUACUCGUGCAUUUCACUGUAACUUACAUUUCAUUAUUCAUUUUUAUUAUGCAAUCAGAUGAAUUAUUUCGAUGGCUGUAUUUGUUAAAGCAUUGAAAAAAAUAAUUAUGCAAAUACUGUUUUAAGGGUUGCUUAAAACGCCCCUUUCAAAACGUGUCGCACAAGUAACAUGAAAUGUAAAUAUAUGAACCGGCAUAAAAUGUAUCAAAAAAUGUAUUUACUGAAUCGUUCGUCGUUAAAAACCAAUAGUACUUACAUGGCUUAUUAUGAUAAUUAUUAUAAUAUUUUCCCUGUAAUUCAUUUUGUCAUCUAUCUACACCAUGAUUUCGUUGCCAAAACGAAUAACACUCGACAUGGAGUACCUGACACAGAAAGGCAAUCUAACUAAAAGGAAGUAAACAUCUCUUCAUACAUUCUGUAUAACAGAGGUUUUAGGUGUCAUACCAGGAAUGUUUUCCCAGCGCAUCUUUCCAUGUUAGGUAAGAACUAAAUAAUGACAAUUCUUUACAACAAUGGAUUAUCUACAGUUGUUAGGUAAGAACUAAAUAAUGACAAUUCUUUACAACAAUGGAUUAUCUACAGUAUAUCACAUUUACAAGCUUAUCUUAGUAUCGGGAUGUAAGUAUGUUUUCAGCCUCCGAUGUUUUAAAUAUUGACCUUAGCUAUGUUCAUCAAUCAUAUCCUUACAUCGAUUUCCUGUUACAAUUGUAUGAUACCUUUAUCAGUAUCUGUGUAUAUCUAUAUUGUAAAUAUGUUCAUCAAUCAGAUCCUUACAUCGAUUUCCUGGUACAUUGUAUACCUUUAUCAGUAUCUGGGUAUAUCUAUAUUGUUGUAUAGCAUCAUAUGACGUCGACAGUAUUGUGCUUCCUAUUCAGAGUUAAACAUUAUGUAAAUAUGCAUAUCUCAUCUAGAUCGCAUCUACGACGCUAUCUGAAAUUGCGAUCGUUGUAUUUUUUAUGUAUAGUAUGUGAUCGAUCUACGGCACAAUCACUUGUUCUCAUGUCUACUAUAUUGUUUCUUCCGGAAACUCAAAUAUAUGACACAGCAACAUAUAAUACCUUCGCGAUAAAACCAAACUAAGUCGUACAAGGAAACCUUUUUCAUUUGUUUCAUUUCUUUUAACCAACAAAAGUUAUCCUUCUGAUAUGCAUCUAUUGAAUCACUUCUUUCAAGUAAACGUUGCGAUUCCAAGAUAAAAGCGUACAAGAGCCAGUUUCUCCAAAUGUUAUAAGUACAAACUUUUCCUUUAACAUAUGUAGAAGAAAUCAGUAAUAUAUUUGUCUUUUACAGACAGCGUGAACAAUCUGUUAUUAGUAGAUAGUUCUGUUGACAGGAGAAUGUCGCCGACGUAGAAAUGUGUUAGUGAAGAAAUGAAAUAAUUGUGCAGUAAUCGCGUGUCUUAUGCACCUUUCAAGACAUUCCAUAUUUUUUUAAUAUUACACACCGGAAAUUUCGCUGGAUUUGUAUGUUUUCAGCUUUUUCCCUCUAUGAUAAGGGCGAAUGUAUUAGUACAGAGAACGUAAUAUACAUUGUAACAAAAUUUGAAGGGCGAAAUUAACACUGAUCGAAAAUUGAUAGCAUGGGCGAAGGGCGAAAGUUUGAACGGGCGAACAUUUCUCGGUAUAAGAUUUCGAGUGCCGAAUGAUCCUUCUACAAAGUUUUUUUAUCUAUCACAUGUAUAAAAAUGGUGAACGGGUUUCUCGUUUAUACAUAAAAUAGUUUAUAAAGCAGCUUCUAUAUCAAAGGAUGGAGGGAAUAGCGCAUGGCCCAACGCUACUGUUAUUAUUAUUAAUAAUAAACACAUUAAAUAGA